AUGAAUUAGAAAAGCAAUAAGGUUUCUCCAUCUCAGAAGUCAAUAGGAUUUAGAUUUAAUUGUGCUAUCAAUUUAGAGCUGCUUAAAAAAUCAACUAGAAUGGCAUUACUCAAAACGAAGUAUCAGUUUCCUGAAGAAUCAGAUCGAAUGAAAAUGAAGAAAAGAACCAUAAUCUUUGCCAAAAAUUAAUUAGAGUCAGAAAAGAAGCUGUCUCCUUUUAAAAUCAAAUUUUUAGAUAUUAUAAAAACAAGAUGUAGUUCAAUUACUGAUGAUAAUAAUUAAAUGGCAAAUAAGAUGGUUUUCUAAAAGUAUUCGAAGCAAUUAGAUAAUAUUAACUAUGGUAAUUCUUAAAUUUUUCAGUCGAUUCCCUCUUAAAAAGAUUCAUGUGAUAAUUUGAUUUUCCCUUUUCAAAAGUCAAUUUAUCCAUAAAGGAAACUAGUCAGAAAACACCGAGCAGAAACUUAAUAUACAAUUAAUAGUUCGAUUAAUUAACCAAGUCCAAAUCUCGACAAAAUAAAGGUCAAGUCUCUAAUAGCCAUAUAAGAGAGAUUUGGAGCUACGGGUUGGGAAGUCGAACCAUCAGAUGAAUUUUGA